AUGCAGACAAAUCAGUCUCCUCCAACUCCUUCUCACCGAUGGAGCUCGCCUGGUUUGUUCAUUUAUAUGCGCGCGGCAAUCUGUACUGAACAUGUCGUAGACGACGCAGUCACGGUGCUUUGGCAUUAUCGUGCGGCAGCCCGUCGCGAAUAUGGCGCUCACGCCAUCCUCACCAACCACGGGACAAUGCCUGCGACGUACGAUAAUCAACAACGGGCCCUUUUCAACACCACCCCUACGGCUUCACACUACGAUCAUUAUAUAGAACCCUCUCCUCGGGGACGUAGGCGCCCGUAUCAAGCGCACAGUUCUGGCGCUUCUCAAGUUCGUCAAGCAAGUUCGCCGCUACGCCUCGAGAGCUAUGGAUACCCAUCAGGCUCUCCCGCGUACGACACGUCCUCUCUCACGCCUGCAAUUUACGGUGGCCAUCAUGCUGAAGCCAGUGCAACUUAUCGCUCUUCCGAGAGCUUCGUGGGCCUUCAGGAUGGCUGGAUGGCCGAUGUGCCUGUCACAUCAGACAUAGCACACACCAAUUCAACGACCUACCUCAAUCGCAGCCCAAGUGACUUCGCCAACGUGCCAUUCCCUGACGGUUCCUUUGCGCUAGCGCAGGACCCCUUCCCUACGCCGGGCACCUUUCGCCUGUCUACGCCCGCUCGCGCGACGGGGUCCCCCGAAGCCAGGCAUUACCCCCAGGCGCGCAACGAAGUAGGAACUUCGCGCCAACGGGAGGCGGCCCAACGACGUCGUCGCGCGCCGGCCCGGAUGUUCUGUGACUAUCCCGGAUGCCACGCGUCCUUCACAAGGGGCCACAACUACAGACGUUCGUGA